CGGGCGGUGCCCGCAGCCCCGGGAGCGGUGCGGCGGCGGCUGCGGGUCCCCAUGGCCCUGCCGGCGGAGGCGGCGCGGCUGGACGGGGACUGGCAGGAGGUCUUCUCGGCUCUCCAGUGGAUACAGUUCACCAUGGCCAUGCUCAGUGUCAUAGGUUCCAGCUCCAUUAUUGCCUAUGCCGUCUUUCAGAACGCGGUGAGGUCCCCCGAGGUUCGUCCACUCUUCUACCUGAGCCUCUCCGACCUCUUCCUGGGCAUGUGCUGGCUCGCUGGGGCACUUCUCUACAGCACACCAACCUCCAAGCAGGACCUCGUCUGCUACAACCUGCAAGCCACAGGGCAAAUAUUCUACGUGGCCUCUUUUCUGUACACUGUCAACUACACCUGGCAUCUGUACACGGACCUAAAGAUGAAAUACAAUCAGAACCUUUACAGGAUACCCUCCCAGGUUGUAGAUUAUGCAAGUUGCAUCGGCCGAAUAGCAACGAUCUCGUCUAGCCUGAUUCCUUUCCUUCUCAUGGUACCUGUGUUUUGCCUGGGCAACAGCAGUAAUUGCUAUCAGAACUUCAGCCAGAAGCAUGGAUGUCUCCUGAUGCAUACGGAAAUAGCCGUGCCCACCAACGAGCCGCAAACCCUGAGUGGCUCUGUUUGCCGUGCGAUGCAUUUCUAUGGCAUUGGGGUCUUCCUCAUUUCCUUUCUGAUCAGCUUCAUUGCCAUUCUGGUUAUACUCAGUCAAGCCCGAGGCUUGUACAAAAGGUUUGUGAACUCCACAGGGUUCCUGGGGGAUCAGCAGUGGGCCAUGAUUAAGAUGGUAGAACAACGAGUGGUUUUUUACCCUGUUGCCUUCUUCUGCUGCUGGACCCCAGCUGUCCUUCUUGGAAUAAUGAAGCUGACUGUUUCAACAAACAGUAAAAUCUACAUGGCUCUUCUCAUUCUACAGGCUCUAACAGCAGCUUCCCAGGGUCUUCUGAACUGCAUCGUGUAUGGCUGGACACAGCACAUCUUCCUCUCCCUCAAACGCAAUGCCUGCCGGGACGUUGACACUCAGACUCCUCUCCUGCGCUCCCAGAAGAAGUCCUACUCCAGCACACUCCCCAUCAGCCCACCAGACACAGAGGGCUCCACAUCCACCCUGCUCUGAUGGAUCCCUCCAUCCUAGGAAAGCCUCUUGUGGUUUAGUAACAUCAGCCAGACCUGGCAUCGGGCUGUCUGCUGUGAACUGUUGUGCCGGCAGCAAAGUUAGCUGUAGUGCUGGAGGAGCCUGGGCAGAUCUGUCAGAGACAGACCCUUCAGUGAAGAGAGUUAUUUAUUUUACAGGGUUGUAUGGACUGUAAAUGGAUUCCUUAAACGGGGUAAAUCUUUAGUACAGACUUUCUCCUCAUGGAAAUAUCCCUAGAAAUGCAGCAAAUUGUAUGUAACAGCUCAGAGAUCUGGUACAGCUCCUUUGAGGGGUCAAAGGAUGUUGCACUUCUCUAAGUCUUCACCAUUACAAAUUAACAGUAAAGCAAAAGUGAGCAUUUUCAAUCUCUGACUUUUAAUCCACUAUAUAAGAACAUGCACCAUGCUGAUAGCCAACUGCAAGGAAUGAAGAAUUGCAAGGUAGCAUAAAAAAACAGUGCUCAUUUCCAUGCCUUGACUUUUUGCACAUUUCCCUUCUAUUGUUAUGCAACUCCUGCUCAGCUCCAGUACUCAACAAAAUAAGCCUAUGGUGGAGCAUCUCUUAUGAACCAGGUGAGAAGGACUUUACAUGAAUCUAUCUAUACUCUUCUAACUGCUCAAGUGAAUUAUUUACUAAGGUUCCAUCACUCUAUGGCAAAUAAAACAGAUCUUUAGCUGCAC